CGCUGACUAGAAAAUCCUAGUUAAACCUAACACAUGAGGGCGCCCUCUUAAAAAAUAGUAGCGCACUAAUCGAGUUGCCAAUGCAAUCAGUACAGUGAAAUGAAUGUAAAACUUUUCACUAAUUUCAGUUUAAGGACUUUGCCGAUUACUGUUCCCUCCUCCAUACUAUUACUAGCGAUGAAAAUAGUCCUACACUGACUAUCAGAUGAACCCUCGGUAUGGCUAGUUUUGCUCCCAAAUUUUGGAAACCCGGUACAGACAAACCAGGCGCUGGACUGACAGAAGAAAGGUCACAGGUCAGCGAAGGUAGCGGAGAAUGCGCCAUUUACAAUCCCUACGUUGCUAUCUCCAUCGAACAACAGAGACAGCGACUUCCAGUUUUCAAGCACAGAAACCACAUCCUUUACCUUCUUGAAAAAUACAAGGCUGUCGUAAUUGUUGGUGAGACAGGAUGCGGGAAAAGCACCCAGAUACCCCAGUACCUAGUGGAGGCAGGCUGGGCUGCAGAGGGGUACGUGGUGGGUGUCACCCAGCCAAGGAGAGUAGCUGCUGUCACAGUAGCUCAGAGAGUUGCUGAGGAGAGAGGGGCCAUCAUCGGCCAUGAAGUAGGAUACUCCAUCCGCUUUGAAGAUUGCACAGACCCUAAUGCAACCAAGAUUAAGUUCAUGACGGAUGGAUAUUUGGUGAGAGAAAUGAUGAACGACCCAUUGCUGACCAAGUAUAGCAUCAUCGUGCUGGACGAAGCCCAUGAGAGAACCCUGCACACGGACAUCGCCGUGGGAUUGCUCAAGAAGAUUCAGCGCAAGAGGCCCGAAAUGAGAAUUGUCAUUGCGUCGGCGACGCUGGACGCCGAGGCCUUCCGAGAUUUCUUCAAUCAGAACGAAAGUGACAAUGCAAGCCUAGAUACUGCAGCGAUUCUCACGGUGGAAGGAAGAACGUUUCCUGUUGAUAUCUUCUACAGCAUAAGCCCAGUACCUGACUAUCUCAAGGCCACAGUAGAGACCAUUAUGAAGCUGCAUCAGUCGGAGCCUGCCGGAGACAUCCUUGCAUUUGUGACUGGACAGGAAGAGGUUGAGGGAGUCAUGGAAAUGCUCAUAAAACAAAUUAAAAGCUUACCCCCGGACCACAUGAAGAUGUCGGCCAUGCCCAUGUACGCCAACUUGCCCGGCAGGGAACAGAUGAGAGUGUUUGAACGGAUCGGCCGCAAUACCAGAAAGGUUGUCAUAGCAACCAAUAUCGCGGAGACAUCGAUUACAAUCAACGGCAUCGGUUACGUGAUCGACAGUGGCUUUGUCAAGCUGCGGGCCUAUAACUCCAAGACGGGUCUGUCCGGGCUAGUCGUCGUGCCCGUCUCUCAAGCCUCUGCCCAGCAGAGGGCGGGACGAGCCGGCCGCAUCAGGUCCGGCAAGGCUUACAGGCUGUAUACGGAGGAGGACUAUCAGAAUCUUAAGACGACUACCGUGCCAGAGAUGCAGAGAACUGACCUGAGCACCGUGAUCCUCCAGCUCAAGUGUCUCGGCGUGGACAACGUCCUACGCUUCAAUUUCCUGUCUCCGCCUUCCUCCCGUGCCAUGCGCAGGGGUCUGGAGCUGCUCUAUGCCCUGGGAGGCAUCGACGAUCAUGCCAAGUUGGCACAGCCGCUGGGCGUCCGCAUGGCUGAGUUUCCCCUGGAGCCAAUGUUUGCUAAGAUGUUGCUUGUCUCAGGCGAGUUUGGUUGCUCUGAGGAGAUUCUGAGUAUAGCCGCUCUGCUGCAGCUACAGAACAUCUUCCAGACGCCUUCCAACCAAAAGGGCAAAGCGGAGCAAGCCAAGAGGAGGUUUUCCGUUGCGGAGGGAGACCCCAUCACUCUGUUGAAUGUCUAUGAAGCUUUCAUCAAGUUUGGCAAGAAUUCAAAAUGGUGCCAUGAGAACUAUCUGAACUAUAAAGGUCUCUGUCGAGCGCUCACCAUCCGGGGCCAGCUCAGGAAAUUACUCAAGAAAUUCAAGGUGAAGAUGGUGUCAAGCGAGGGCGAUGUUGAUAUCAUCUGUCGCUGUAUCACGGCGGGUUUCUUCGCCAAUGCGGCCAGGUUACAUUCCACCGGAGAGUACCUUACAAUUCAUGACGACCAUCCUAUCCAUAUACAUCCUACCUCAGUUCUGUACACAGAAAAACCUCCACAGUGGGUGGUGUUCCGUGAGGUUCUUCAAACCAACAAGGACUACAUGAGGGACGUGACAGUUGUAGACCCUACCUGGCUGUAUGAGCUGGCUCCUCACUACUAUCAAUAUGGAACGGAUAUGGAGAUUGCAACGAAGCGUGCCAGGACAGAAGCCACACCGAGGUGACACCACUACAAGCCUCGUGUAUCUUCAUAUGAGAAUUAGCAGCAUACUCCAAGCUGACGGAUCGCAAAGCCAAGAUAACAGACUCAAGUUGCCAUCUGGAGAGAAGUUUGUACCAUAUCCAAAAGAGGCCCCUGUGAACUGUGAUCUUCGAUUCCUCAUAAACAACCAGAUGAAAUAGGGUUUUUUUUCUGGGGGGGGGGGGGCCUUCUUAUCCUCCUUACUCGCAUCUGAGAAGCUGAAUUGCGAAGGAAGCGGCUUGAACGUGGUCGAGCCACAGGCAUUUAGGCGCCUUGCACUGCCACCAUGACCCAUGUCCUACCACAGAGGACAGCA